AUGUCAACGAAUUUUUUUAUUGAUGCUCUACUUAAUAGUCAUCAUGUACAUAAAAAUCCUUCAACGUUGUUUAUGAACUCUCUCUUUCACGAGCAAAACUUCCAUUCAGAUAGUUUGAAUUGUCCAACAACAAGUGAUAGCGAUGAGGAUGAUAACUCUUCGUUAAAUAAAAGUUCGACGACAGUCCGCCGUAAACGAACAGCCUUUACCAAUGAACAACUGUUGGAAUUGGAAGCUGAAUUUCAACAAAAGAAAUAUCUUACAUUAAUUGAACGUUCACAAAUCGCACAAAGUUUAAAUUUGACAGAGAUUCAAGUAAAAAUUUGGUGGCAAAAUCGUCGCGCGAAAUGGAAACGUAUCAAAGCCACUCAAUUGAGACAAUUUCCAACUCAUUGCCAAACGAACAACAGAAUCCUAUGUCCUAUACCAGUCCACAUGAAAAAGUCUUUUACUUCCUGA